UAUAUUUAUUUAUUCCUUAACCAAAAGAAAACUAUAUCUUCGACGGCGAAGAAAUGCCAGAAUUUGGUGAUAGUAUACCAAACAUCACAGUUUCUAUUGGAAAAGAUUCAAGAAUGCCGUGUAUUGUCAAUAACUUAGGCUCAUAUCGGGCGGCUUGGCUUAGAGUGGAGGAGAAGGACAUUCUCACAAUACAUCAUCACGUGAUUACUCGCAACUUUCGCAUUAAUUUGUUGGACAAUCAUAACGAUAAUCGAAAUUUUAUACUUGAGUCCGACCGCGGAGGAUAUAUGUGUCAAAUAAAUACGGUUCCUAUGAAGAGUCAAAUCGGGUAUUUGGAUGUCUUAGUGCCGCCCGAUAUCGUUGUUAACGAAAGCAGUAGUGAUGUUGUAGUCAACGAAGGCUCUAAUGUUAAUCUCAAAUGUCGGGCCAGAGGUUAUCCUACGCCAGAAAUAACAUGGAGACGAGAAGAUGGCGAAAGAAUUCCAUUGGGGGACUGGCAGGGGAGGCGAUACAUGACAAAUAAAACAGAGGGCGAGAAUCUAAACAUAACACGAGUUACAAGGGUGCAUUCGGGCGCAUGGCUUUGCAUUGCAUCCAACGUUUUAAAUGAGCUA